AUGAAAUUCGUUUCGGCAAUUUUUGUUAUCCGUUGCACCCUGAAUGCUUAUAAAAUUCCAGCCACAGGUCUUGGUGCCUUCGCCAAGGAAUUCCAAGACUUUAUAGACUUGAUAUCGAAGAAAAUAAUCGAAGUGACGAAGACGUACUAUGCCCAAGACACGCAAUUCCGUAACAUUAUUCAAUUGUACGAAAACUUAACCGAAGAAUUAAAACAAUGGAUGCUAGACAUCGAAUCGGUUCCCGAAUUCAAAUUACUUAUAAAUUACAUUCAGAAGAACGGUCUCGAUAUUUAUUACUUGGUUAAUGAAUUCAACGAAUCUUUGAAACUUCCGUCUCUUGUCAGUGGAAUCAAAGCCCUUUUCGGUUCUUUCGAGAAUAAAAUCACCGGUGGCUUUAUUGGUUAUUUGAUUGAUGUUACUGCUCUUCUACCGAUAAAUAAAUUGUCUGAUCUGUUCACUGAGAAAAACAAAAACUUCGUGAUAUUCAUGGCUUUCAUAGCAGAAGUAAAUUCUUCUAAAUAUUUCGAUUUUUACAACAAUAUUUUCGAGGAUAAACAUUAUAAGAAUUUAGAAAAUGAGGCUUUAAAUUUAACUGUAAUUAAAAAUCAAUUUCAUAUUUUUUAUCCUAAUUAUGUUUUUAUUACAGAUGCAUUCAAUUUGCAAAUAACAAUGCUUUUGAUUAAUUGAUUUAUAAAGAAUAAUUAACUCAUUUUAUUCUUAUGUAGAAAAAUUAUGCUGUUUUUCUUAAAAAAAUAAAACAUAUUUACGUUGAAUU